AAGAGAAGUAGGUGUGGAUUUGACCAGAGACCAUGGCCUUCAUGCUGCUGCUGCUCUUUGUCCUGAACGGAGCUGAUGGUUCUCGCAUCGUUGGGGGCAGAGAAGCGGCCCCACACUCACGCCCCUACAUGGCCUCAUUGCAGCUGCGAGGUCGCCUGAACUGCGGGGGGGCCCUGGUGAGGGAGGACUUUGUGCUCACAGCAGCACAUUGUCGAAUACCUGUACCUUACACAGUUGUGCUUGGAGCUGAUUCCCUGGCCGGUAAUGAGCCUACAAAGCAGGAGUUCACUGCUGUCAGAUCCAUUCCACAUCCCGACUAUGAUGGACAUGCAAAUGAUAUCAUGCUCCUAAAGCUCAACGGCAGGGCCAACCUGACCGAAGCAGUGCAGCUGAUCCCUCUGAAACGUGGCAGGCUGAGCAGAUCCAGUAGGUGCAUCACAGCCGGCUGGGGGGACGUAGGGGAUAACAACACCUUACCAGCCAGGCUUCAGGAGGUCAACGUGACCUCCAUAUCACAGCGGACCUGUCGUAGGAGAUGGCGAAAUGUUCCCAUCACCAGGACGAUGGUUUGUGGCGUUGGCGGCGGCAACUUUCAAGGCUUCUGCUCGGGGGAUUCAGGUGGGCCGUUGGUGUGCGAUGGAGCUGCAGCAGGUGUCGUUUCCUUCUCUGGCCGGCGAUGCGGAGACCCCAGGACCCCUGAUGUGUACACACGCAUUUCAUCCUUCGGAGACUGGAUUACAAGUGUGUUAAACAGCAAUUAGGCAAAUUAGAUUGAACUUGAAUGUGUUAGUAUGCUUAACUGGGAUGUACCGUUUGAGACAAGACUCUUAAUAAUAUGCAAACCUGGGAUAAUAUCUGUUUAACAAUGCAGAAAUAAGUAGGCUACAGAUAAAUAUAGAAAGUCAGAUAAACAAAUGAUAGAGGUAUAUAAAACUAUAAAUAAGAAAAGAAUACAAAAUAGACAUACAAGAGCAUUUGGAGACAAAAUUGCAGGUUAAGUGACAGUGGUGUGGUUAAAGUGGUGUGAUUAAUAGCAGAUUAAUAUAUGAUAUCAUUAAGUAAUGAAUCCGUUUUUUUCUCUGUAUAAACGAGUUGGUAGAUGAGAUGUUAAAUUAUGUUUUUGUCACCCCCACUUGUCACAUUUUGCUUUUGUUGGAUCAGGUUUCAAAAUAUGCUAAGCUGAAUGCAAAAAUAACCUGAAAAUAAAAAAGCAAAGUCAAUUCCCAUGCGCUCAUUUUUGUUUUUUUGAAAAUAUGUAUCAAAUAGUGACACCGAUAUCAUGUGAUAAGUAAAACCAUUGUUUGUCACUAAAUAAAAGUUCAUAAUUGGUCAGUGGGCAGCAUAAAUGGUGCCCUGUUGUAAUUGUUUCAUUGAUAAAGAUGGCUGGACAGUUGAGCAGGUGAGGUAUUCAGAUGAACUACAAGUCAAGCUAAAGUGGAUGCAGUCUGUUCAGUGGGCUGGGUGAUAUCGAGUGCAUUUACAGUCUGUAACUUGCUCAGCUUUAUAAUGUCAUUCACAACUUAGCAUAAUGGUAACAGGUGAUAGUGGUGCAUUGCAGGGUUGAAGUUGUGCAGAGAGAGGAGCACUUAAUGAUACACUGUUUUGUGUAAGGUGUUGUUGUUGUUGUUGUUGUGACAAAGCAUGAACACCUCCCACAGCUGAUAUUUCCAAUAUUUGCCUGUACAGUACUCACUAACCAUGAAUGCUAGAUCUGUGGUGAUGAUGAUGCCCCUCAUACUGAUAUGCAUUCAGGUAAUACUGUAUUUUAAGACCAUUUUAAAAUUUGCCUAAGCUGCCUUCGAGUACUUCUCCUUGCAGCUCUACUUGCAGGAUGAAUUGGGACCAGUAUGUCUCACAUAGAUGAGUAGCUAUGGAUUUCAUUUUAUUUUGAAGAUCAAAUGUAAUAAAGGUAACAAAAUGUG